AUGAGUAGGCGAGAGGAAGGACAGUCUUCGGGUGAUGUAGAUAGACAACCAACUGGGGGUAUUACCAUUGAGAAUUUGGCAGCAGGCCUACAAGGAGUCAACCGGGUUGUAGAAAUGAUGGCGACUCGUAUGGAGGAUAUACAGAGGCUGGCCCGGUAUGCUCCCUAUCUCGUUUCUACUGAAGAUAUAAAGAUUCAGAGGUUUGUGGAUGGGUUAGUGGAGCCAUUAGUUAGGGCUGUUGCAUCCCGAGAUUCUGCAGCAGUGGAUUGUGCUCAACGCAUUGAGAUGAGGACUAGUGAGAGUAGGGCUAGAGGGAUAGAGCAAAAAGGACCAAGAUGGAGGGUUAUUAGCAGUGGGAUGUCAUCUUCUAGCCUUCAGGGUCCACAAAGGGACUCACGAUUACCCCAAAGGGGGAGUGACUUGCUUGGUGCUAGUAUUGGGGAGGGACAGAAAACCUUCAGUGCUGAAAGGCAGCAAGAUUCUAGACAAGGUAGUCAAGUUAUCCACCCUUGUUAUACUUGUGGGGGAUGGCAUAAAGGAAGAUGCCUCCAUGCUACCGGAGUUUGUUUCUUAUGCGGUCAGCCUGGACAUAUUAGGAGGAAUUUCCCAAUGGCUCAUCAAUCGCAAGGUAUCGCUUGUGGUUCCACCCAGCCAGUUUCAUCUGCUCCUUCAGUCACUACCUCGUCUAAUCAGGAGGCUACCAGAUCCAGAGGUAUAGGUGCUGGUACUUCCUCUCAAGUUCGAGUCAAGGACAAGGACACUUUGGUGAAUCUAGUGGUGUUAGACACCUUAGACUUUGACGUGAUUUUGGGAAUGGAUUGGCUGGCACCCUACCAUGCCAGUGUGGAUUGUUUUCAUAAAUUGGUGAAAUUUGAUUUUCCCGGUUACUUGGCUGUGGUAAGGGAUACUCAAGCGAAGGUUGGAGAUAUAAGCCAAGUGUCGGUGCUGAAUGAGUUCAAGGAUGUAUUUCUUGAGGAACUACCAGAGCUUAAAGAGCUUAAUGAUCAGUUGGAAGAUUUGUUGGAUAAAAGCUUCAUCCGUCCUAAUGUCUCCCCAUGGGGAGCACCGGUGUUAUUUGUAAAGAAGAAAAAUGAGUCACUUAGGCUAAUAGAUCUGCGAUCUGGGUACCAUCAAUUGAGAAUCCAAAAUGAAGAUAUACCCAAGACCGCAUUUCGAACAAGAUAUAGGCAUUAUGAGUUCUUGGUGACGUCAUUUGGGCUUACGAACGCCCCUGCGGCCUUUAUGGAUUUGAUGAACCGGGUGUUCAAGCCUUAUUGGUAUAAGUUUGUGGUGGUGUUUAUUAAUGACAUCUUGAUCUACUCGAAGAGUCGAGAAAAGCACGAGCAACAUCUUAAGAUAGUGCUCCAAACUUUGAAAGAACAUCGACUGUAUACCAAGUUCUCCAAGUGUGAGUUUUGGCUUGAAAGCGUUGCAUUUUUAGGACAUGUGGUAUCCAAGGAUGGGGUACAAGUUGAUCCAAAGAAAGUUGAGGCAGUGGAGAAGUGGCCAAGGCCGACCUUAGUUACGGAGAUUAGAAGCUUUUUGGGUUUGGCUGGCUAUUAUAGUCGUUUUAUGAAGGACUUCUCCAAAAUAGUAGCCCCUCUAACUAAGCUGACACGUAAGGAUACAAAGUUUGAGUGGUUAGAUGCUUGUGAGAAUAACUUUGAGAAGCUUAAGCAUGGGAAGGUGAUUGCAUAUGCAUCUAGGUGGAUGGAAUUGCCAAAGGAUUAUGAUUGUACUAUUCUCUAUCAUCCGGGUAAGACAAAUGUAGUGGCAGAUGCCUUGAGUCAAAAAUCGAUGGGGAGCUUGGCACAUAUCUCCACAAAUAGGAGAUUCUUGAUUAGGGAGGUGCAUAGCUUGGGAGACAUGGGUGUGCACUUGGAAGUUUUGGAGGCAAGUGCAUUGCUAGCACACAUUAAAGUGAAGCUUAUCUUAAUGGAUCGGAUUAGAGAAGCACAAAGCAAAGAUGAGUUUCUAGCUAAAGCCUUAGAGGACCUUCAAAGAAGGAAAGGAAAGAUGUUUACUAAAGGCACAGAUGGAGUGAUGAGAUAUGGAACUAGACUAUAUGUGCCUGAUAGUGAUGGAUUGAGGAGAAAAAUAUUGGAGGAUAUGUUAAGGGCCUGUGUAAUAGACCUUGGGGAUGCCACCGAGAAAAUAUGCAUGAUUCGUCAAAGGAUGUUAACAGCACAAAGUAGACAAAAGUCCUAUACUGAUAAUAGACGGAGGGACUUGGAAUUUCAAGUGGGAGAUCAUGUCUUUUUAAAGGUCUCACCAAUGAAUGGAAUAAUGAGGUUUGCCAAGAAGGGAAAGUUGAGCCCUCGAUAUAUAGGACCAUUCGAGAUCUUAGAAAGGGUUAGAGUAGUGGCAUAUCGUUUGCCAUUACUGCCAGACCUUUCGAAUAUUCACCUCGCGUUUCAUGUGUCAAAGCUUAGGAAGUACAACUCGAAUCCAUCACAUGUAAUAUGGUAUGAAACCAUCCAGCUAAACAAUGAUCUGACCUAUGAGGAGCAACCGGUAGCUAUCCUUGAUAGAGAAGUCAAAAAGCUUCGUUCAAAGGAGAUAGCCUUAGUGAAGGUGUUAUGGCGAAACCACACUACCGAAGAGGUAACAUGGGAAACCAAGGAAGAGAUGCGGAAAAAGUAUCCACACCUCUUUAAUAUGUAG